CCGCUGCAACCUGCAUUCUAUAUCUUCGAUUUGGCGAUGCAGGACGGAUCAUUCUCCCCUUUUCACUUCCCAUUCUGUCUGUCCUUGACAAUUCUGAUUAUAGGGAACGGAACGCCCCUACUUUCCAAGUCGGUGAUUUCUUCUGCUACUGUCUCCGAAAUCUGGAUUAUCGCAUGCAUCCAUACCCAUCCUUGCUUCUGGUGUUUCCAUUGUUCCCCGCUUGUUUGGGGCUUGGUCAUCAUUAACACUGUCUACUUUUGUUUGAGCUCUAUCGCCGCCUUGCAUCGAUUUAAAGCGGUGAGCUCGUGGGCUUCGUAUGUAGAUGCUGCGCGUGUGAUGCGACGCUUCUCUUUAACCGCUCAGCCGCAUGUGUACACAGCUCGUAAAAAUGCUGUGCAUGCAGUAUCUGACAAUGACAUCCUGCCUAACGCACUGGCGGAGUCUUCCCGCUAAUCGAAACUGAAGUGUCGGUCAAUUGUGACAUCAAGUUAUCAUAUGAUAUUGGAGUAGGCAUGAUAAUUUCUUUGUGUCCCAUAAGCAGAU